CCAUAACACAAAAAAAAUGAGAACUCCCACAUUCUCUUUCACAACUCUCCCUCUCUACCUCCUCUUCUUCUUCUUCUCCUUCAAUGCCAUAACUGCCAAAAACCUCAUCCCUGAAACCUGCAAAAAAUUUGCUCAAUACGAUCCAAACCUAAGCUACAAUUUCUGCGUAACCUCUCUGCAAGCAGCGACGAAAAGCCAGCGCACCGAUCUUCACAAACUCGGCAUAAUCUCAAUCAAGUUAAUCCGCAACAACGCGACGGACACGAGGCAUUACAUCAAACACCUGCUGAAAAACAAAAAGCUCGACCCCUACGUAAGGGCGUGUUUGAGCGACUGCUUGGAGCUUUACUCGGACGCCAUACCAACCAUCAAGAAAGCCCUCAUGAAUUACAAGUCCAAGAAAUACAACGCCGCCAACAUUGAAGUGAGUUCUGUCAUUGAUGCCUCCAUAACUUGUGAAGAUGGAUUCAAGCAAGGACGGUUGGUUUCGCCAUUAACGAAGCGAAACAACUAUACGUUUCAGUUGUCGAUCAUAGCACUGUCUUUUAUCAAUCUGCAUAAUUCACUAAAUUAAAUCAAAUAAAGAGAUACA